AUGGCGAGCAUCUUCCGCCGUAUCUACGACUGGCUCCUUCGCCUCUUCUGGGCGACAGAGAUGGACAUCACCAUGAUCGGGCUGCAAAAUGCUGGCAAGACCUCGUUGUUGAGGGUUCUGGCGGGAGGAGAGUUCACUGUUGACUCCAUCCCUACCGUUGGCUUCAACAUGAAGCGCGUUCAGAAAGGCCAUGUAACCUUGAAGUGUUGGGACCUCGGAGGUCAACCUAGAUUUCGCUCUAUGUGGGAGAGGUAUUGCCGCGGCGUGAACGCCAUAGUAUUUAUCGUCGACUCGGCCGACAAGGGCGCUCUGCCAGUCGCAAGAGAAGAACUGAAGCUGCUCUUAGAAAAACCCGCCCUGGAAGGCAUUCCUCUCCUCGUCCUUGGCAACAAGUCGGAUCUGGCUGGCAAGCUCUCGGUCGACGAGCUCAUCGAUGCGCUGAACCUUAAAGAAGUAUCGCAUCGAGAGGUGAGCUGUUACGGAAUCAGCGCCAAAGAAGAGACAAACCUCGACGCUGUGCUGCAGUGGUUGAUUGCCCGGGCCAGCAAAUGA